GAAAUGCUAACAGAGCGAGAUCGCUCGCUACGCCUCAAAUUAGUCGCAACAAGUACGGUUGACGAAGAACAACAAGUCGGAACGAAGUCGUAUUUUACCCACUGUGAGAAAAGAGAGUUUGCAUACGUUUUUGUGCGUUUUUUUUUGCAGUUAGUACUGGAAAAUUUUAUGAGUGCGCGCUUUUCUUGUGAAAACCAAAAAACAGAAAAUAAAUUGUAAACGUUCCAACUUGUUUUUCUUUUUAUUAACAAAAUGAUGAGAAGAAAACUCAUGUGAAAAUUAAUUUGAGAGAUAGAAAAAUAACAAAAUUUGCGUUUUGACGACGGCAAAACGGAUGUAUGAUAAAGAAUAGUGAUAGAAAUGAUCAUUUAACUUAAGCGAGGAUCUUAAAGAUCGUACAGCAAUUGGCAGUGGAGCCUUUACAAACGAACCCCAAACCAAAGAAGUUGCUUUAAAACUGAAAAAAAUUGGAAAAUUUUUGAAAAUUUUUGAAAAUUCUCUAAAAUACGGGUGGUCCCUUGCCAUGACCAAAUGUGCUCAAAGUGUUAAAAAGAAAUUUAAUUAGAUUUACUUGUUUAUUUAUCUUGUCUCAAAAAAAACGACAAAAAACAAAUUAGAAAAAAUUAAAAGUAAACAACAAUACCUACCUACCUACCUACCUUUCCACUCCAAUCACCUGUACAAAAAAAAAAUCACUUCAAGUUCAAGCUCCCAAACGGAAGGUGUAAAGUGCGUGCUAAUUUCCAAUUCAAUAGAAAACCAGCUCAGUAAGCAGUGAAAGAAGCCUACCGGCAGACACCGGCAGUCACCAACAAGACCAACAACAAAAACCCUAAAACCCUCAAAGUAUUUAUCGUGUCGUUUUCACAGCCACCACAACAAACCCAGAGCGAUGAGCUUAGCCAUUGUUGUCAAAAAAAAUUUUUUUUAACUAAACUAAAGAGUGUGAAUUAGAAUCAAUUGUAACAAUAUAACAAAUUUGGCCCCCACUCACCCCCAGCAUAGGAGGCCUAAAAAAACAAACAAAACAAAUUUAUUUCUCAAAAGCUGUUAAGAAAAAUUGAACCAGAAACCAAAAAAAACCCAAGAGUGAGAAGAAAAAAAAAAAAUAAAGAAAAAUUCAAAAGUGAACAGGUGUAUAGUUUUUUGUGUAGGCCAACAUCGACAACAACAACAACAAAAACUACAGUAAUAACAGAAAACACUAAACAACAGCUGAAGCAGAAAACCACUAAACACCACCAUCAUCAGCAGCAACAUCAACCAUCGUCUCAUCAACCAGCACCAGCACCAACUGAGGGGAAAAGUAAACCAGGAAGCAGAAGUUCAGUACUACAACAAUUAGAAGAACUAAAGAGGAUUUUUACAACUUGAAGCAGAAAGCCUAGACUGGAACUCCCCACUUUGGGAAUGUCCUUUGCUGCUGGCUAUAUCAAGAACUUGCCAAAACUGCCCAAUUAUAAAAUUUUGAAAAAAUUUGGCGCUCUUUUGGUCUAACCUAUUUUACCCUUGCCCCCACCACCAAAAAUUGCCUUGUUAGCAAAAGGCAAUUAGGCAAACUCCAAGUUUGUUUCUUGUUUUUCUUCAAUUUUUUUCCUUCUACUGAGCUAGUCACCCAUUUUGUGGGUGCUCCAUUGGCGAUAUAUUGGCGUGCUUCAGCUUUAUAUACGACUCGCAAGAGCAAAAUAUGAUUGAACCAGCCCCCUUGCGGCCAGACUUAGAGCCUUAUUGUUAUAGUACAGAAAAUCAAUGCCCUCAAUAUGGUGAAGUCAACCAAUUGGGCGGUGUCUUUGUUAACGGUCGACCCCUGCCGAAUGCCACACGCAUGCGCAUUGUGGAGCUGGCGCGUCUAGGCAUACGACCCUGUGAUAUAAGCCGCCAGCUGCGAGUCAGCCAUGGCUGCGUCUCCAAAAUACUGGCCAGAUACCAUGAGACGGGCUCCAUACUGCCGGGUGCAAUUGGUGGCUCGAAGCCACGUGUAACCACCCCCAAGGUGGUCAAUCACAUAAGGGAACUGAAGCAGCGCGAUCCGGGCAUCUUUGCCUGGGAGAUACGAGAUCGUUUGCUCAGCGAAGGCAUUUGCGAUAAGACGAAUGUGCCCAGUGUUAGUUCAAUAUCGAGAAUAUUACGCAACAAAUUGAAUCCGAUUAGUCAUCACCCUCCGACACCGGCGCCAGUGGCCACACCGGCGCCGCCACCCAGCACUUCACCCCAGCAUACGACACACCAGCAGCACACGCAUUCGCAUACGCUGGCCGCAGCACAGGCUGCCCAGGCGCAGGCCCAAGCUCAGGCUGCACAUGCUGCGCAUGCCGCCCACUCUGCGCACACACCCACCAGCCAUGGCCACAAUCAUCAUCACGGUCAUAUGCAUCAUACACCGCCACACUCGGUUGUCACCUCGGUGGCGGCCUCAGUCACAGCCCAUCCCCAUGCUGCGCACACACAUCAGGCGGCCGCAGCUGCCGCCUCAGUAGCCGCCCAUGCCCAUCAUCCGCAUUUGUAUUAUCAGCCCUAUAAUGCGUAUAGCAUGAAGUCAACGGUAUCGUGUGGCACACCCUCUCCGCCCCAAACAGGUUCACCGCAGGCCCAUCAAGUGCAUUCGGCAGCCGCCGCAGCAGCAGUGGCCCAUGGCUGGCCCUCACCGCACACCGUCACCGAUAUACUGGCUCACCAUCAGGCUGUAGCUCUGAGGGCCAGUUGCCAGGUGGGCAAUCCUGUCAAUAGCGGUCUCACAGCCAGUCUCCCCAUGACCCCUUCGCCGGUGGGCGGAGCGCCUGUGGGGGGCCACCAGCAGCUCUUGGAUUGUGAGGGUGCCUCGAAUACCAGCGCUUUGGCUCAACAUCAGGUGGCCGCCACUCAGGUGGCUGUUGCCGCAGCGGCCGCCUCGCAGCAGCCCUAUGCCAAUUACUACAUGUACUUCCAGAAUGGUGGCAUGCACCAUCCCGGUGGCAUGAUGACAACUGGCACCACAAGUUUAUGAGAAUUAUGAAAAAAGAUAUUGGCAAAACAACUCUUGGAUUUGCUUGUAAAUGAUACUCCUUCGGCAACUUGAAAAGAGACGAUGACGUAGAACAAAAAAUUGAAGAAAACAAAAAAAAACCAACAAAAGCAAAAAAACAAAACGAGAUUAUUGAACGAAACCAAGGCGAGUGAGCGGUUAGAUGUCAGUCAUGCUCACAACUCACAAAACGAAGAAAAGAGAUGGGCUCCCAGACGGAUGUGAGAGUAGAAAAGUGGAGAAAUGGAGAAUCCAGUGGUCCAUAUCAUACAAAAAAAAGAUAGAAAGAAAGAAAAAUCGAAAACGAAACCAAAAUUUGCUCAAUUCAUUCUCAAAUAAAAUAAUUUAAAAAAAAUAACAAAAACAACUUUUCCCUGAACCCCUAAAAUCCACACUCUCCCACCAGAAACCUCAUACAUUGUAAGCUUUUCAUUUUUUCUUUCCCCUUUCCCAAAAUCCUCCCUUGCCCCUAGUUCUGUAAUCCUUUCCUUUAUUGUCAUACUUUCUCUUUGUUGAAAACCCCCCCCAACUCAGACUCAAGACCAAAAGAGAGCAACUCAAACAACUCAUUGAGCAUAGGGAGCUCUCUCUAUCUCUUUCUUGCUGUCUGCCUGCAGUGCAGCAUAGAACAGAUUUCUAGAUUUUUACGUUAAGCAAUAAACGAUCGCAUAUUUAUUUUAUACGAUACCACAUCAGACAAACAAACAAACAAACAAUACAUACAUACACACACACAAUAUUUAAACUUUAAGUAUUUCAGAUAUUAGUCAUUAUUUUUAUAUACAUAUGUAUGUAGUAUAUAUAUAUUUAGAGAGUAUACAUAUACGACAUAAGUUAAGAGAACGUCGUUAAAUUCAUGCCUAGCAUCAUUGACAUUGACUUCCCCCGCCCUCCCCCCUCAACCCCAGACGCUAUGACUUCCCAUCUCUGGGCAAAUAAAAAAAAAACACAAGUGUUACACACGAGUUAUCGAAGCUAUCGAUGAUGCGUGGCCUGAUUUAUCGCCGAUAAAUGAAUUGAAUGGAUCGAUGGAUGAUCGAUGAUGAUGAUGUGCGAGUGAAUGGAAAUGAUCUUUGUAUGUGUGUAUAAUGAUGAUCAAUGUAAAAUUUGCAAGAAAGAAAAACAACAACAACAAACAAUAUUUGAACCGAUUACAAACAAACAAACAAAAACAAAAAGAAAAAUUCAAAAAAUUUAAUAAAAACGUAAACGAUGAUUAUUUAAA